AUGCUCAAGCAUCAGCGGGCAGCUGUCGCUUUUGGUGCCAAGGCUGCGAAAAGGCGAAUGGGGCUCGGUACCGAGCGGCCGGAUUUCAUGUCGUGCAUUCUUCGCCAGACGGGCGAACAACGCAUGACGGAACCAGAGAUUGAAGCAGCGGCAAUCACAUUCAUCGUUGCGGGCAGCGAGACCAUCUAUCUCCUGUGCGAAAACCGACCUGUCAUCGAAAGGUUGACGUCUCUUGUUCGGACCGACUUUCCCAACGAGUCUGACCUCACCUUGGUCAAGCUCCAGCAACACGAAUACCUCAAUGCCGUUCUUCAAGAGGGGCUGCGCCUCUAUCCGCCUGCGCCUGACAACCUCUUCCGAGUGACUCCAAAAACCGGAGGAUAUGUGAUGGGUCAUUUGCUGCCCCCAAAGACUAGCUUGACUAUGAACCUUUGGGCGGCCAACCGGUCGGCGGAAAACUUUCAUCGCCCCCUUGAAUUUAUCCCGGAAAGGUGGGUGAAAGAUGCCCCAGUUGAGUUCCGGCAGGAUGAUAGGAACGCUAUGAGACCGUUCAGCGUGGGACCUAGGGAUUGUUUGGGGAAGAAGUAA